AUGGAAGAAAAAAUUGACGAAGAAGAACAGGGCCAACUUGUAACUAACAGUAUUCCUCUAUUUAUUAAAAAACUAUGGAAAAUGGUUAAUGAUAAAGAUGCAGAAAAUAUAAUAAGUUGGAAUGAGACUGGUGACAGUUUUAUUAUACACAAUCAACUGGAGUUUAUAAAAAACUUAUUACCACAUUAUUUUAAACAUAAUAACAUGGCUAGUUUUGUUCGACAGCUUAAUUUUUAUAGUUUCCACAAAGUUCCUAAUGCUGAAGACAAAAUUGAAUUCACUCACCCCUGUUUUAUGAAAGAUGUUCCUGAAAUUUUACCAUUUAUUAGAAGAAAAAACCCAGUUCUAAAGCAGAAAGCUACAGUAAACCAAAAUGAAAAAGAAGUUGAAGAACUCUUGUCUGAUGUUAAAAAUCUGAAAGGAAAACAUACCUUAGUAGAUAAAGAACUUGCUAUGAUAAAGCAAGAAAAUGCAGCUUUGUGGAAUGAAUUAAACUCAUUGAGAUUGAAGUAUACAAAGCAAUCUACAAUAAUAAACAUGCUCAUUCACUUUUUAAUCACUUAUAUACACUCACAUCAAACUUCAUUUUCAAAGCCAAAUAUACAAGUUUCUUCUGAUGAAAGUAGUGGAAAUAAUAUCAAGGUUGGUCCAACUCUUUUAGAAAUAGGAUAUAAAAAUAAUAAAAAACAAUUCAAUAAAAGUAGUACUGAACCUUACACAGUGAUAGAACCUUCAACAAGUAGUUCUAUAACUUAUUCUGUGAAACUUCCUGAAAAUAAAUCAGAAUCACAGAGAUCGAGGAAAAACAUACAAUCUCUAGAUGAAAUGGAUGAUCAGACAUAUCCAAGUUUGAAAAGGCCUAAGAAGAAGCCUUUGACAUAUUCAAUAAAGUUACCUGAGAGCCAGUCUGAGAAUUUGAGCAGGCCUGAAAUUCAAAGAUCACUUCUAGAAAUUUUGAAAGAAAAUGAAAGGCUUUGUGAAGAAGACGCAGACGAAACCUUUCAAGAACUAGAUGCAAAAAUAGAAAAUCUAAAUGAUCCAAAUGACCAACAGGCAACAGAAGAUAUCACCGUUGAAACACCUGAGGAUACCCCUGAAUAUAUCAUUAGUUAUCCAACUGACAACAAUGACGCAAUAAUUGAGCCACUUGACCAUCCAGAAUACGUAGACGUUACAGAUUUGAGUCCAAUAAAAUUAAACAAUGUUGAGAACAAUGCAAACAUUUUAGAAAACGUAGAUUUGAAUCCUGUUAUAAUAAAUUCUCAAAAUAAUACCAUAACUAAAGAAAUACCUAUAAAUACAAAAUCUGGAAUAAUGAAGUACAAAAUAACUCAGCCUAAUCUAAAUCUACUUCAAUCAGACUUGGCCAGUAAAAAGUUGAAAGUAAUGGAUCCUUCAAUUAUAAAAAAUCCAAUAAAUAAACCAAUUACAAAUAACUUCAAUAAAAAACCGAAAUUUAUUAAAAUUCCUGCUAAAAACCUAAAACAAGUAAUUUCAAAUAAAAACAUUAAACCCGUAGCUACGAAAACGAAUUUAAUUAAAAUAUCUCCCAAUCAAUCUCCGAAACAAACUUCAAUGAAACACAAUUUUGCUCAAAACAUAAAAUCGUCUAAAUCUUCCAAUCCGGAAGGGGCUUUGUGGGAGAUUUUAAAAGAAAAUGAGAAGCUGCAAGAACCGACCAGUAUAGAUAACCUUUUAAAUAACCCUACAAUUGACGAAAAUUUAGGAAACUUAUUUGACGAUGGUAUUGACGUUCCAGUUACUGGUAUUACCACUGAAAAAAAGGUCAAUCUUGAGUCCCAACCUGCGUUAACCAGAACAAAAUCUGUCACGAAAGAAAAACCUAACAUAAUAGAUAACCCUAAAGAAAAUCUCAGUAUGUACGUCGACGAUACACAGGAGGAAAUCGAUAUGCUUCAAGAUAUUUUAAAUGACUUGACUUCUAAAGAUUUAUCAGAAAUUCUCAAUACCGAUCCCCCACCUACUGAUAUCAAUCUAGACGUUGAGGAUAUCGGACAAGAAGGUGCUGCUACGGACGAACCCAUGGACGAAGAGUACAUAAACCUAAACGAGUCUGUCGACAAGUAUUUUAAAAAUCAUUUUUUAGAUUUAGGAGAUGCUUAA